CCCAGGAGCUUGCUCCCCUACCUGUGCUUGUAAAGUAUGGUUUGAGUGAUCUUUCUUAAUAAAAGUUUAUAUAUUAUGUUGUCCGAGUGUACGAUUAAGAUUUGCAACAUUUAACCUAACUUUCGGAUGCAAUUUAAGUUCGUUAUCAAGUCUUACGGAAAGUAGCUUCUCCAGGAAGUCGAGAGCAUCUACAAGUGAGACUAGGCGAUGCCAAGGAAAACGGUGCUCAAAGGCACUCAGGUUUUACUUGCAGAAGAUGGAAACAAUGACAAGCAGAAGCACCUUGGCAGCAUGAGUAAUCCAAAUGCUUUAGGUCUACACACUGAAGCAUCUGACUUGGUUAAAGAUCACCCAGAACAUGACGAUCUACAGGAUUGGUUAUCACUAGCAGACUUGAGCCAAAAUGACAAAUUCUCCCUUGAAGGCUGUGUUCACAUCAGAUUGGAGAGGAGGUGGAUUCUCUGGCACAAGUUUAUGAAAGAAUACACUUGUAUGAAUGAUUGGUUGCGAUUGGCAGAAAAAUCAGCUGCCUCCCCCAACUCCAGCCAUGUGCUGUACUCCACAGCAAAAGAGGAACUCCAGAAGUUUGAGUGUCUGCGCACUGAGGCUAGAUUGCACUUGGCCCAGCUGGACAGCCUGAGCCAGACAAGCCACAUCCUGUUGGGGCUGUUCAGGGGUGUUAUGAAUACCAGGCUGAUAGAAAUGACCAAAGACUGCAGUCAGCGUUGGGACCAGCUCAGCACCACUGUGGACACAGUGUGCCGUCGGCUGAAGCACUUUGUUGUUCAGCGGGAAGACUUUGAGAGUCAGCGAGAGGAAAUGGCCAUCUGGCUGGCGGACAUGGAUUUAAAACUGACUGAGGUGGAGCAUUUUUCCGAAAUGAACAUCUGUGCCAAAAUGCGACAACUUCAGGGAUUUCAGGAGGCAGUGGCUGAAAGUGCAGGUCGCUUAAAUGCACUACUUCAGCAAGGGGAAGAGCUGAUCCAGAGAAGUGAGCCAGCUGAUGCCCAGGUCAUUGAGAACCAACUACAGGAUCUGCUCUUAUACUGUGCCCGUGUCUUCCAGGGUCUAGGUCGUCUUCACACACGUCUUCUUAGCAUGAGACUGGUGUUUGAGGAGGACUGGGUUCUGUCUCCAGACUCUGGUUGUCCCUCAGAAACAUUGCUAGAGGAGGAAAGUGAAAAAGACCACAGUCUUUCUCCACCUAUCAAGGUUAACCCCUCUCAGGUUUGCACAGAGCAGCUGGUCCUUGAGUGGGACCCCUCUGUGGACAUUGGAGGCUCAAUUUCCCAUGAUGAUGCAGAUUCUUCCUACCUAAAUUCUGGUGCAGAGAUUUACAGCACAGACAAGAUCAUAAGUAAGGAUCCUCGGAGGAAAAGAAAAGUCCAGGUGCCAAGUCCAGGUGGAACUGUGAAAUGUGUACAACAAACGUUCACUGAAUGUACCUCAGACGUUAUGGCUCCACCCCAGACCCCUGUGCCUGGUAAAACAAUGCUAGCAGACACUGUGAGGCCAGAGAAUUCUUCGUUUUGGAAGACUUCCACCCCAGCCUCUCACUCCCCUGAGCUUGUAGCCUUUAAAUCUGACCGUGUCAGUGCCUGGCUGGUCCAGACACCCCGGCUGUGCUCUAGAGCUGUCCAGACAGACCAUGCACCACAGCAGUGUACACGCUUUUAUUCAUCACUAUCCACACAGGACCACAAAAGGGAGAAGGUGAAGGAGGCUGACUAUCUGGAAAAUGUACCUCUCAAGAGGCACUCCUGUUCUCCACACACUAAUAACAUGUGUUCCACUGUGUCAUGUGACCUUCAGUCUCCCUCUGCCAAACCUUACCCAAAAUCACAGUGUAUGAAGGAGAGACUGAGCUUCAGUCAAUCAGUGAAGGACAGCAACACUAAAACCCACUGUACCAACAGUGAACAGUACUUCUGGUCAAAAGGUCUCCUAAAGCUGGUGGAGGUUCUGAAGUCCCCAGCUCUGCUCUACAUUCUACUAGCCCUAUUCGUAAUGCUGGUCAUCUGGCCUCAAUCAGUCUUCCAUGCCAACCAAUGCUUCCAUUCCAACUCUAUGGCGCAUUCCUUCCACCUGGACUUGUGCUAUGUCAAUGGACCACCUCCGACCUGAGGACUGCAGCGUUACAUGGGGUACCCCAAACCCUGCUGCAUAACGGAGAAACUGACGUUUUAUUACAAUCUUGGUUUGUGAAAUAAUAACUGAAAAAGAAAAAAAGUAAAGUGCUUGGGUGGAAUAAUUCACAGUUUUUUUAGGCAUUUUGAAAUUUGUAGACACAAAGAUUUGGCUUUGAGCACUUCAUUUAAAUUAUGAUAUUUUCUGGCAAUAACCUAGGCUUUAUCUUUAAUGACGAGUUUGGACUGGCCAGGACUGAAUCAUUGAAAUAUUAACGUUCAGUGUCUUAAUACAGUGAUUAAGGAGUUGUUUACAGCACUAGCAUUUUGUCCACUGAAGUUAAGAUAUUUAUUAAUAUUUUAGAAACAAAAUAAAUAAAGUACAUGAAACUA